AGGAUGCUUUCUGAGCCUCUGGAUAGUGGGGCUGGCUUUUAGGGCUCGCAAGGGAGAAUCGCACCUUUCCAUUAAAAGAAACGGAACAUAGCAGGGAGGGGAAGAGGGAAUCCUGGACCCCAUCCUGGUGCCUGAGAAUGAGAGAUCAUUAAGCAACUGGAAGGAUCAGUGCACAGCACAUGGAUCAGAAAUAUUCAUAGAAGCAGCAAGUAGUGUAUAUUACCUCAACCCUUACUGAACUUUCCCAGUAAAUACAGCAUGCUGACAGCCUGGCAUCCCUGCUGGGUGGAUCCUGCAACUCCAGGAGGGAAUGGCACUUCUUGUUUUUAAUUAGCAAAGGUGAAAGGUGAAUUAAAACUAGCUGUUUGGCAAGUCUGAGCAAGGGACUGAGUUCUGAAGAGCACCAAGGAGGAGAGUUCCCCCCCCCCCCAUGAAUUGCUGAGCAGGAGGGACUGAAAAUACAGCUUCUUCCUGAAUCCACUGGCAGAGUUACUGAAGAGAGCUCAAGACACAACACUGCAGAGUAACGCCUUGGAAUGUCCUCUCAGUUUAUAAACAGUUGUCGCAGGGAGAGAAUAUUUUUACAUGACAUUUGCACAGCCUGACAAUGUGGAGCUGUAUGCUGUUCUGAUGAGAACUGCACUUCCCAUAGAGAUCCUCACAAACUGUACAGAAAAAGACUUAGCUGCAUUGGGAAAGUCAAGAGUGGAACUUGAAGCUUUUAAAAACAAAACAACUAAGUGAAGAAGCACAAGAAUUUGAUCUUGGGCAGCAUGGCAUCUACUAAGGACCUUUUAAUCCUGGCACUCUAUGGCUUGUUACUAGAGUUACCGACCUCAUGUCAUACAACAGAUACAAGGCUGCCAAGAUUACGUCUCUCACAUAAAGAGCUCUGGGACUUAAACAGGACAUCAGUCUUUCAUAGCCCAUCUGGAUACCUUGGUCUUCACACAAUGCUGCUGGAUGAAUAUCAAGAGCGACUGUUUGUAGGAGGAAGGGAUCUUGUGUAUUCUCUCAGCUUGGACCGCGUCAGCGAGAACUACAGAGAGAUACAUUGGCCCAGUACACCCCAGCAGGCAGAAGAAUGCACAAUUAAAGGAAGAGAUGCUGACGAAUGUGCAAAUUACAUCCGUGUCCUUCACCGGUACAACAGAACACAUCUCCUGGCCUGUGGUACAGGGGCUUUUGAUCCCCUCUGCACUUUUAUCAGAGUUGGACAUCCAUCAGAGGAUCAUCUAUUUCAACUGGACUGGCACAAAUUUGAGAGAGGACGAGGCAGGUGCCCUUUUGAUCCCAGCUCCUCCUUCAUCUCAACUUUAAUUGGGGGUGAGCUGUUUGCUGGGCUCUACAAUGACUACUGGGGGAGAGAUGCUGCUGUCUUACGUACUAUGGGUCGUAUGCCACAUAUUCGAACUGAACCUGAUGAUGAGCGUUUAUUGAAAGAACCAAAGUUUGUUGGCUCAUACAUGAUUCCCGACAAUGAAGACCGGGAUGAUAACAAAGUCUAUUUCUUCUUUACUGAAAAAGCGUUAGAGGCAGAAACAGGCGCUCAUGCCAUUUAUGCCAGAGUUGGACGAGUGUGUGCGAAUGAUAUGGGAGGACAGCGAAUGUUGGUAAAUAAAUGGAGCACUUUCCUCAAAACCAGACUGAUCUGCUCUGUACCAGGAAUGAAUGGAAUCAAUACGCAUUUCGAUGAAUUAGAGGAUGUGUUUUUGCUACAAACUCGGGAUAACAAAAAUCCAGUGAUAUUUGGACUCUUUAACACUACAAGCAAUAUUUUUAGAGGAUAUGCUAUAUGUGUCUAUCAUAUAGCUAGCAUCCGAGCAGCCUUCAAUGGACCUUAUGCUCAUAAAGAAGGACCUGAAUACCAUUGGUCUCUGUAUGAAGGAAAAGUACCUUACCCCAGGCCUGGUUCGUGUGCCAGCAAAAUCAAUGGCGGUCUGUAUGGUACCACCAAAGACUAUCCUGACGAAGCUGUCCGCUUUGCAAGGAGCCAUCCACUGAUGUAUCAGCCCAUCAAACCUGUCCAUAAAAGGCCAAUACUUGUGAAAACCGAUGGCAAGUACAACCUGAAACAAAUAGCGGUGGAUAGAGUGGAAGCUGAAGAUGGGCAAUACGACGUCUUGUUUAUUGGCACAGAUAAUGGGAUUGUGUUGAAAGUCAUUACAAUUUACAACCAGGACACAGAAUCAAUGGAAGAAGUGAUUCUUGAAGAGAUGCAAGUAUUCAAGGUGCCAGUUCCUAUUAUUUCUAUGGAAAUAUCUUCAAAGAGGCAACAACUGUAUGUUGGAUCUGAGUCUGCCGUAGCACAAGUGAAGUUCCAUCAGUGUGACAUGUAUGGCACAGCCUGCGCUGACUGCUGCCUAGCAAGAGAUCCUUAUUGUGCUUGGGAUGGGAUAUCCUGUUCUAGAUACUAUCCCACAGGAAUGCAGGCAAAGAGACGUUUCCGCAGACAAGACGUUCGACAUGGAAAUGCAGCUCAGCAGUGCUUUGGCCAGCAGUUCAUUGGAGAAGCCCUGGAGAAGACUGAAGAACGGAUAGUAUAUGGAAUAGAGUACAACAGCACUCUUCUGGAAUGUACCCCUAGAACUUUACAAGCUAAAGUGAUCUGGUUUGUGCAGCGAGCCCAUGAAGCCAGGAAGGAGGAGGUGAAGACAGAUGACAGAAUCGUCAAAAUGGACCUUGGCCUCUUAUUCUUAAGGUUGCACAGGCUGGAUGCAGGGACUUAUUUUUGUCAGACUGUGGAACACAGCAUUGUUCAUACAGUGAGAAAAAUCACCCUGGAGGUGGUAGAGGAAGGGCGCGUGGAUGAAAUGUUCAACAAAGACUAUGAGGAGGACAUACCUCAUAAAAUGCCAUGCCCAGCACAAAGCAGCAUUCCUCAGGGAUCGAAGCCAUGGUACAAGGAAUUUCUGCAGCUAAUAGGGUACAGCAACUUCCAGAGGGUCGAGGAGUAUUGCGAAAAGGUAUGGUGCACGGAUAAGAGGAGGAAAAAGCUGAAAAUGUCCCCGUCCAAGUGGAAAUACGCCAACCCACAGGAGAAGAAGGCACGCAUUAGGCCAGAGCAUUACCGCCUCCCCAGGAACAUAGUUGACUCUUGAUGGACAAAAUCCAUCCAUUCUUUCUGGGAGAAUUUUUAUUUGGACCUAAGGAAUAGGGAGAAAUCAGUCUUGGGUUUGGUAAAUGAAACAGGUUUAUAUAUAUAUUAAAUAAUGGGACUGAAAACAGAAAAGUGUUGUUAAGUUAUAGCUUAUACUAGCUGUUUCUAAAUAGGUCAUUUGCAUUCAGUGUUUUCCAUUUAAGGAGAACAUAACAAUCAUUGUACUUUGAGUGCUUUCGUCAAUUUCCCAUGUGGACCAUGCUUCUGCUGUAUAGUCUUGCAUAUUAAGGGAAUACUAAAGUAAACUCAGAUAGCUAAGCAUUGACGAGCGAAGAAAAAUGUGAUGUAUAAUUUCCGUUGCUUUCACAAAUGUCCUAGUGCUUCUAAAAACAGCACAUUGCAAGAUCUUAGCUUUCACUUGUGGCCUGUUUGUCUGUAUUUGUAAGAGCCACAAGUUUUGUUAGUGUGGUGUACUCUUAUUUCUAAAGACGUUAAAAGGGAAUCUUAUUUACUUCCCAUCAUUGCUUGUGUUUACCAGUAAUUUGUGAAGCACAGUGUACUACUAUCACAACUAAAUAGUACUGCCUUGUAACCUGAUGUAAGUCAAAUGCAUGCAGAGAACAAAAACAGAAUGAAGUUCUUCAGUGUAAUUUGCUGUAAGACAAGA